UCAUUGAGCGGUAUAAAGCCUUGACAGAUACUUAAUACCUCACAUGUCAGCACAGUUGUCUACAGGAGACUACACCAGACAGCACUCAGGCCAGCAGAGGGCAGAGCGCUGAUCUCAUUCUGGUGGACGAAGUGGGCUUUGUUAGUUCUAAGGUGCUGCUGGCUGUGCUGCCGAACAUCGCGUUCAGAGGGCGAAAGCAAGUGCACAUCACAAGUCAUGUCAACAACACCCCGUGGCUGAACAAAGUGGCUGAUAUCCGUGGGGAAGAUGGAGAGCCCGCGUACCACGUAGUGUCCCAGAGCUUCAAGUGUAGGUAUCACGAGAGGGAGCCUGGGCUGACGUGCUUCUGCCUGGGAGUGUACUGUCCUCAACAUAUAUCUGUAGACAACCAUCUGAAGGAGCUGAUGAACAUGGUCACGCCGAAAGGAUUCGAGAGCGAAGUCACGGGUAGCAGCAGCACUUCGUCCACCGACACCAAGACCGACCACACCACUCCCUUCGAGCCCUCGGUCAUAAACAAGUUCCUGUCGAAUAACAGCGUCACCCUGGAAUAUAUGAAUCGUGGGUCCGUGGUCAGAGCGUACCUGUGCCUCGACCCAACGUUCGGAGGAGGCUCUAGGUCCUGUGCCGGGGUGUGCUGUGCUGUGGAGUUGGCAGGUGGCAAGCUAGUGGUUAUGGCCCUGGAGGAACUGGAGAUUCGCGAUUUGGAUCAGGUGACGCGAGUCUACGCUGCUCUGCUAUGCGCUCACAUUAGACUACUGAAACUGAUUAUGCCCAGAGUGAUGUGGAAAGAAGUACCAGUGGUGAUGGUAUUUGAACAAAACACCUACGUGAACGCACUGGUCGAUGUAAAAAAUCUAAUCGAGCAGUCCCUGCUACGCUCCGGGUUCAAGGUCCUGUUCUACAGCAAGUGGUCUCAUAUCAACAACAAGUACAUGCUAGGGAAGCACGUAGGAGCAAAGACCAAACUCGCUAUGGUUCUCAGUACGGUGUCAGCAAUCAAUAGGGAAACACUCUAUUACUGUGACACCGUAAUGUCCCUGGGAUGGGCAGUGUUAUCCGAGGUCACCAAGAAAACUCGGAUGCUCGAGUCAACCAUAGGAACCUCCAAGGGUGCGGGAUCUAGCAACAAGAUGGGCUCCAAUAUGGACGUGUUCAUGUACAGGCGCUCUCGAAAGGGAGUCAAUCUGGCCACUGAUAUCACGGCGAGUCUAUUGGAGACGCGAGACAUCAUAGCUCUACCCGGAGACAGGCUCACUGACAAGGCUCACGCAGAACAAGGGAAACUGCUACUGGGGAAAUUGAGAGAAGAAAUGGCCAUGGUCACUAUCACAGAGGCUGUGAAAUGUAGUACCGUGACUACUGGUGGCAAGAAGUCUGUAGACGGAGAGUACACCAGAGACGACAUGCUCUCGGCGUUCUUACUUCUAUGUCACACCAGAGACGAGAUAUACAGCGGGGAAAGGUCUAUCAAACUAAGCGGUGAGGUGUAUUACAAGUAGUAGCAGCAGCAGCAUAUCGUAUGUAUGUGCCUAUCUGUAUGUGCAUAUCGGUCCUGUAACUGUAAAUGAUGUCCUGUACGUGACGUAAUAA